AUGCCUGAAGCUUACGCCGCACACCAAGACUAUGCUUUCCCUCGAAACUUCAAAGGGUACGGAGAAAAGGGUCUCGAGGGUUUGAAAUGGCCCAACAAUGCCAAAAUCGCGGUGUCUUUUGUAAUCAACUACGAAGAAGGAGGCGAACGAUCAGUCCUGCAAGGAGAUGGCCGUUCCGAAACAUCACUUCGCGAAUAUCCUGCGGAGCCAGAUAUCAACGAGCGCAACUACAGCGCCGAGUCCGAAUUUGAGUACGGCUCACGUCGCGGUUGGUGGCGAAUGUUCAAACUGUUCAACAACUACAAGAUGAAAUUCACUCUCUAUGCCGUUGGCUCCGCUUGCGAGGAGCAACCCGAAGUCGUGACCCGGUGUGUUGAAGAAGGCCAUGAUAUCGCAUCUCAUGCCUACCGAUGGAUUGAUCACAAGGAUUUGUCUGUCGAGGCUGAGAAGCAACAUAUCCGCAACGGCAUCACUGCUCUCAAGAAGCUUGCUGGAUACGCGCCAAAGGGAUGGUAUUACGGUCGCCCAUCUCCGCAGAGCAGGGCACUGAUUCCUGCCGUGUAUGAGGAGAUGGGUGAGGAACUCCUUUGGGCCAGCGACUCCUAUGCUGAUGACAUCCCUUACUGGACCGAUCUUCCUCAAGAACGCAACAGCGAGAGUCCCAAGGGCUGUUUGAUGAUUCCUUACAGCUAUGACUGCAACGACUUCAAGUUCCUCACUGCCGCCACUGGGUUCCGCGACCCUAUGGGUUUCUACACACACAUCAAGAAUGCUUUUGAUGUUCUUUACGAAGAAGGCGAGGCAGGGGCACCGAAGAUGAUGACUAUCGGUCUUCAUUGCCGCAUCAUUGGAAGACCUGGUCGUUUCAAGGCUUUGCAGGAUUUCGUCAAGUACAUCUCUGAGAAGGAAGGUGUUUGGGUUGCGACCAGAACCGAGAUUGCUGAGUCUUUCAGAGAACAAUUCCCAUAUAAGAAGGGACAGCUAGCGUAG